AUGGUGCGCGUGCCCGGAUCUUCUGAGGCCUCUGGAUUUCACCGUGAGUCCACUGGCGAAGAUGUCAAGAUGAAGCAAGAACCUGGGAUUGAAGUGUCAGCGACAGAGGGAUCGACGCAGACACGCAGAAGCACAAGAUCCUCAGAUCAUCAGAGUUUUGGGAGGGGCUCUGAUGAAAUGAAAAUGAAAGAGGAAGAUCGAGAGAUCAAUCUGGAAGGUAAACCUCAACCCCCUCCUAGGGUCCUUUCGGGGGCCACCACAGAUCGCUCUUUCCAGAGCGAUCUGCUGGAUGAAAAUUCAAUGAUGAAAACCAAAUCGGCGAAAGCCAAACCCUAUGCCUUAGUCGAUAGGUCGCCCGACCUCAAGCCGAGGAGCACAAUCGCGAGAUCGACCACAUCGGAACGAUCCACGACGAGAUCGAUGGGAUCAGACGUCAAAGAUCGCCAGAUCGGCCGAACCGUGCAACCGAAGAUCGGAGUCAAAGAGGAAUACGAUGAAACACCGGAUAAGAUCGCGAUACCGAAGACGGAAUAUAACCCAAUGAAGAUCGCGUCCAGGGAGAAGGAGACGACGGGUGAAGCGCGGGAGCGUGCGAAAUGGCAUUACUAUUAUGGCCAUUUGAAGACGCUGCUCAAGACGGACCCAGUGUUCAAGAUAUUAAGGCCCAAGUUGAUUGAUCCUCUGGAUAAGCCGAUAUCGGUCCCACCUCCUGGGACCAACAGAGUCGACGAGAUCAAUUUGAUUUUGCAGAUGUUGGACGACAUGGGUGUCUGCCCUAACGCCUUUGAUGGAGAUGAACUGCUGAGUUGCAGCUUGGAACGGUUGAAGAACGCGGCGAAUGAGUUUGUGGAGAUCAUGAUAGUGCUGGUGAGCAAAGCGAAUACUCCUGAAGACAAGAUCGGGACACCCUCGGGCUCGCUCCGGAAACACCCCGCGGGAUCGCCCCGCUACGCCUCGGACGACUCCGAGAGCGAGUCAGAUGGAUCCAUCAGCAUUUGUCGGAUGUCUCUGGGACCAUCGGGUGGUACGUUUUUAAAGGACAAGAUCGGCCAAGCCAAUACCGACGCCUUUAAAGGACAAGCCAGGAGCGACAUGCCACGGAGAUCGGCCGGUACCCGUACUGGGCUGGAUGAUCAGGAAGAGGGCGAUCUAAGUCGGUACUUCAAUUCAGCCAUGAAGGAGUACGAGGCGGAUCAACGUACAGCUCAGCGAAUGAAUCGACAGCCAAACCGCCACCCAGAUCGCCGUACUUUUCUCCAACCCUCACACGAAAGCCAUGACAUGCCGGAUGUGGAGAUGGAAUCGGUGGAGUCGGACACUUACCAACAGAUCCAUCAUGGGGCGGAAUACGACCCGGAUGAUUUAUGA